GUGUUCCAUUCCUUUGAUCCCGGCGCGUUCCAUCCGGAAGCGCCUCUGCGGACGGGAUGCGGCGCUGGUGGUGCAACCUGGCGCCCGCGGCGACCUCGCUGGCCCUCGGGCUGGGCGUGGGCGCGGUCUGGGCCGGGGGGCAGAGCCGGGGCUCGCCGUCCGCGGAGGGGCUGCUGGCGCGGCUGCCCGUCGUGCCGGUGGCGGCGGCGUCCUCCUUGGAGGUGGCCCGGGGCGGGAGCGGCGAGCUGGCCAAGUACGGCCUGCCGGGGCUGUCGCAGCUGCGGAGCCGCGAAUCCUACGUGCUGUGCUACGACCCGCGAGCCCGGAGCGCCCUCUGGGUGGUGGAGCGGCUGGAGGCGGCGACCCUGCGCGGCUCCUCGGAGCGGGCCGCCUGCGACUUCCGCGAGGACGACUCGGUUCACCCCUAUCACCGCGCCAGCAACGCGGAUUACCGGGGCAGCGGCUUCGACCGAGGCCACCUGGCCGCUGCCGCCAAUCACAAGUGGAGCCAGAAAGCCAUGGGGGACACCUUCUACCUGAGCAACAUCGCCCCGCAGAAUCCUCAUUUAAAUCAAAACGCCUGGAAUAACUUGGAAAAAUAUUGUCGAAGUUUAACAAAGACUCAUCAGAAUGUUUAUGUCUGCACCGGCCCUCUUUUCCUACCCAGGACGGAGCCGGAUGGGAAGAUGUACGUGAAGUACCAAGUGAUCGGGCGGAAUCACGUGGCCGUCCCCACCCACUUCUUCAAGGUGCUGAUCCUGGAAAAGCCGAGCGGGGAGGUGGAGCUGCAGUCCUACGUCCUGCCCAACGCCCCCGUGGACGAGAAGACCCCCCUGCAGCGCUUCCUGGUCCCCAUCGAGAGCAUAGAGCGGUCAUCCGGCCUCCUCUUUGUGCCCAACAUCUUGAAAAAGACCAGCAAGUUGAAAGCAAUCACUGCUGGGAGCGGCCCCUGAGGACCCCCGGCAGCGAGAGGCGUCCCUCAAAGCCCCUGAAGGCAGGCGGUCCUCGGCUGGCGAUCCCAAACGAGCUGAAAGGUCCGUUGCUAAGCGAGACAGGGAUUGAGUCCAUUCUGCCCCAUUUUACGACCUUCCUUGUCACAGUUAAGUGGAUCGUUGCAGUUAAGUUAGUAACAUGUGAAACUCUGGCUUCACAGAAUCACUUAACGAUCGAUCGUGUGACUGACGACUGCAGUGGUUCACUUAAGGUCGUAUAAUGGGGCAAAACUCAACAAAUGCCUCACUUAGCAAUGCAGAUUUUGGGCUCAACUGUAGUCGUUAAGUCGGGGACUUGGUUUUCCUAACCAAGCAGGCGGUGUAAUAACUACUGGAGAACCGCUUGCGAAGAAGUAGGGGAAACGACUCCCAUCCAAAGGGCUUUUAGUGCCGGAGCUUCCCAGUUUAGUUCCCAGAAACGGAAAGGAUGCUUGGAGGACAUCCGAGGAAGAAGAGGGCAGCUGAGACCAAAUCAGCAAACAUCAGAAGGAUCUUCAGAUGAAGAAAAGGAACGGACGUGGGAGAAGAACGCUGUUUCUUUUGCAAACGCCAAGAAGAACAUUUCGUUCCCAGGAAACUUUUCAGGGGUGAAUCGGCAAGGCGAAGGGGGGCUGGCCUCAUCUCAGGGAAAGCAAGAGGCUGUUCCUUGCCCAAACUCAGGUUGAGUUUUGGGGCAGAGAGAAAUAAUGGAUACCUUCGGAUCUCUUUUGCAAAUAAAAUGAGACGAAUCUCUC